CCUUUCUGUAUAUAUACAGUCAGCUGGGUUUCUGACCCUGUCUUGACUGAGGCACGGGAGCCAGGGGUCCGGAACUCCCUGAGACCCACCAGGUCGGCUCCACAGCAGGCCAGGCUCCGCUCCGGACUCGCGUGACGCUCCCCGAGGCCUCCAGCUCCCCAUGGCGGCGACACUGAGCCUGGAGCCCGCGGGCCGCAGCUGCUGGGACGAGCCGCUGAGCAUCGCCGUGCGCGGCCUGGCCCCCGAGCAGCCCGUCACGCUGCGCGCCGUCCUGCGCGACGAGAAGGGCGCGCUCUUCCGAGCCCACGCGCGCUACCGCGCCGACGCCGCGGGAGAGCUGGACCUGGCGCGCGCGCCCGCGCUGGGCGGCAGCUUCGCGGGGCUCGAGCCCAUGGGGCUGCUCUGGGCCAUGGAGCCCGACCGGCCUCACUGGCGCCUGGUCAAGCGCGACGUGCAGACGCCCUUCGUGGUGGAGCUGGAGGUGCUGGACGGACACGAGCCCGACGGCGGGCGGCUGCUGGCGCGGGCGGUGCACGAGCGUCACUUCAUGGCUCCCGGGGUGCGGCGCGUGCCCGUGCGCGAGGGCCGGGUGCGCGGAACGCUCUUCCUGCCCGCAGGAACUGGGCCCUUUCCUGGAAUCAUAGAUCUUUUUGGAAUUGGAGGUGGCCUUCUGGAGUAUCGGGCCAGUCUGCUGGCUGGGAAGGGCUUUGCUGUCAUGGCGCUGGCUUAUUACAACUAUGACGACCUCCCCAAGGACCUGGACGUUAUUCACCUGGAGUAUUUUGAGGAAGCUGUGACCUACCUGCUCAGUCACCCUCAGGCCGAGGGUCCAGGAAUUGGCCUGCUGGGGAUUUCCAAAGGGGCUGAGCUCUGCCUCUCCAUGGCCUCUUUCCUGAAAGGCAUCACGGCCGCUGUCAUCAUCAAUGGUUCAGUGGCCAAUGUUGCCACAACCUUAAAAUACAAGGAUGAGAGUCUGCCCCCUGUGGGCACUGACAUAAAUAGAACCAAAGUAACCAAAGAUGGCUUUUCAGAUAUCAUGGAUUUUCUGAAUGUCCCUCUGGAAGGAGCUGACCAGAACUGCAUCAUCCCUGUGGAAAGGUCUGACACGGCCUUCCUGUUCCUUGUAGGUCAGGAUGACCACAACUGGAAGAGUGAGUUCUAUGCCAGAGAGGCCUCCAAACGCCUGCAGACCCAUGGGAAGGAGAAGCCCCAGAUCAUCUGCUACCCAGAGACAGGCCACUAUAUUGAGCCUCCUUACUUCCCCUGGUGCAAAGCUUCAAUACACUCUUACUUUAACACUGUUGUGAUCUGGGGAGGGAAGUCCAGGGCUCAUGCCAUGGCCCAGGUGGAUGCUUGGCAGCAACUCCAGACUUUUUUCCAUAAACAUUUGAGUGGGGACAAGAGGACAAUCCCAGCAAAACUGUGAUUUUCUUUGAGUAGUGACAUUUCUGGUGCUGAUCCCUGCUGAGAAUAGCUGCCCCUGUUAGGUUACUUUCUUAUGAUGCCAAGGACUGAGGCCAGGGCUUGCGCACAGUAGGCUAGCACUCUGCCACUGAGCUAGCCCACUGUGCCUUAGUGGGCAGCAAUUUUUAAGAACCUUAAGAAGACGAGAAGCAUUUCUGCUUCAUGGCACAGCAUGUAACUGAUAGUGCUCCAGUGCCUACUAAAUAAUGCAAGCCAAUAACUAUUUACUAAAUGACUGUUCACAAAUAAAUCGUUAACCUCUGUACCAGAAAGCAUAUGCAGAAGCCCCUCUGUAUGUGGGUUCUGCAUUGCAGAUUCUACCACCCAUGGAUUAAACCUGCUUGAAAACUAAAUUUCCACUGAACAUACAGGGGGCUUUUUUUUCCUUAAGCCUUAUGCUUUAGUAUAGGAACUACUUGCAGUGUUUGCUGUACUUAAGGUGAUAGGUAAUCUGAUCUUAAUGUUUUAACAUAGAUUUUCUGAUUACAUGCCAAAUCCAUACCAUUUUAUAUGAAGUUUGUGAAUCGUUGCAGUUUUUGGGUCCAGGUACCAAUCCCUCAUGAAUGCAAGUAAUCAGCUGUAAUAUAAAACUCAUUAUAAGCUGGGCAGUGGUGGCACACGCCUUUAAU